UGCCACUUCUUUUUCUGUCUCAUUUUGUCCACCAAACGUUUAACGUUGUGCAUGAAUACGCAAAGUCAAGGCUUCACAUAUCGGCAGCCUAAUCGCCAGUGGCACCCCGGGCUCCCGCUAGAGCCGCUGAGAAGAGUGACUCACCUGGCGCUUACACAACCCCAGAAGGGCCGAGUUGAGCCGGGAGAUUAAAGCAAUCAGAUUAGGAACGUUGCUACUGCCACUGCUGACCCGCGGACAGAAGCGAGCCAGCGAGUGAGUGAGUGGGCAGAGUCACCCUCCCGUAGACCGAAGCUGCAGGUCUCCAUGAGGCACGACUUUUACGCAACGUUCCGUCUCAGGUUUACCACCGUCACAUGACCCCGUCCAGAGGUCCACCUGCAGAGCGAUGAAGACAGGCUCUCAAAUCCGCCUGUUGCUGUGGAAGAACUGGACGCUCCGGAAGAGGCAGAAGAUUCGCUUCCUGGUUGAGAUCCUCUGGCCGGUGUUCCUGUUCAUCGGUCUGGUGUGGCUGAGAAAGGCUAACCCGCUCUACCAGCAACAUGAGUGCCACUUCUCCAACAAGGCCAUGCCCUCUGCGGGCAUCCUUCCAUGGAUUCAGGGCAUCUUCUGCAACGCCAACAACCCCUGCUUCAGAUUCCCUACCAGGGGAGAAUCUCCAGGGGUGGUCUCCAACUAUAACAACUCAAUAUUGUCACGGUUCUACGCGGACAUCUUGGACAUGUUCAAUGACACGGAAGUCCGGCAGCUCGGGCGUCUGUGGCACGAAGUGUCCACGUUCUCCAACUUCAUGGAAACGCUGCGCAACAACCCGGCGGCGAUAUCAGGUCGGGGUUUAAAGAUUGAGGACAUUCUGAAGGACGAGCAGGUUCUCAUGGCGUUCCUGUCAGGAGAGGCCGCCCUCUCAGACUCGGUGGUUUACCAGCUGACCCACGCGGAGAUACGAGUGGAACAAUUUGCCUAUGGCGUCCCAGACCUUCAGCUGAAAGACAUCGCGUGCAGCCAGGCCCUGCUGGAUCGCUUCAUCAUCUUCCCAAGCCGCCAUGGCCUGCACGGCGUUCGCAACGCCAUGUGCGCCCUCAGCCAGCCCAGGCUGCAGAGGAUCGAAGACAUGCUCUACGCCAACGUGGACUUUUUCAAGAUCUUCAGACUGCUGCCACGCGUCAUGGACAGCAAUUCGGAGGGGGUGGACCUGCACAGGUGGGGUCGUGUCCUCAGGGCGACAUCGGAGAAGAUCCUGGAGCUGAUGGAGCGUGACAACACCCGGCAUCUGGUCCGAGCUCUCACCACCUUCUUCCAAGCCGGCGGCCCCGCCUCCUUCUCCUCGCUGUCGGCGUCCGUGUCCAGCCUCUUCUGCGGCUACCCGGAGGGCGGCGGCUCCCGAGUGCUGUCCUUCAACUGGUACGAGGACAACAACUACAAGGUGUUCCUGGGCGUCAACGGCACGCGGGGCCCCGACAGGCAGUACGCCGCCUACGACCACACCACCACCCCCUUCUGCAACGGCCUGAUGAAGACUCUGGAGUCCAACCCCGUCACCAAAAUCCUGUGGAAUUCCGUCAAGCCCCUGCUGAUGGGAAAAAUCCUGUUCACCCCCGACUCCCCCGCUGUCCGCAAGAUAUUAAAGAGCGCGAACACCACAUUCGAGGAGCUGGAGAGGCUGCAGAACUUGGGGAAGAUGUGGGAGGACGUUGGACCUCAGCUGUGGGAUUUCUUCCACAGCAGCGUGCAGAUGAAUAUGAUCAGGGACACGCUGGGAAACCCAACGGUGAUGAACUUUGUGGACGAAAGCCUGAAGGACGCGAACCUGACCGCCAAAGACAUCCUCAACUUCCUGCACGCCGGCCCGGAGGAGACCAGGCAGGCGGGAAUGGCCAGCUUCGACUGGAGGAACGUUUUCAACCUCACCGACCAGAUCAUACGCACCGUCAACCAAUAUUCUGAGUGCAUCCACCUGGACAAGUUCGUGGCCUACACCGACGAGUCCCAGAUGAUCCACCAGGCUUUGUAUCUGCUGGAGGAGAACAAAUUUUGGGCCGGUGUGGUCUUCGUCGACAUGUACCCGUGGACCACCAGCGUCCCGCCGCACGUCAAGUACAAGAUCCGCAUGGACAUUGACGCCGUGGAACGCACCAACAAAGUCAAAGAUAGGUACUGGGACCCGGGCCCCAGAGCCGACGCCAUAGAGGACCAGAGGUACAUCUGGGGGGGCUUUGCCUACCUGCAGGACAUGAUCGAGCACGGCAUCAUCAAGGUGCACACUGGCCACGACUGGCCCCUGGGGGUCUACGUGCAGCAGAUGCCCUACCCGUGCUAUGUGGAUGACCUCUUCAUGAUCACGCUGAACCGCUGCUUCCCGAUGUUCAUGGUGUUGGCGUGGAUCUACUCGGUGUCCAUGACGGUAAAGAGCAUCGUGCUGGAGAAGGAGCUGCGCCUCAAGGAGACCCUCAAGGCCAUGGGCGUGUCCAACGGCGUCCUCUGGUGGACGUGGUUCAUCGACAGCUUUGUCGUGAUGGCGGCCAGCACGGCGUUGCUCACCUCCAUCAUCGUGGGCGGCAAGGUGCUGAACUACAGCAACCCCCUGUUGGUCUUCUUCUUCCUGCUGACGUUCACGGUGGCCACCAUCAUGCAGUGCUUCCUCAUGAGCGUCUUCUUCAACAAGGCCAACCUGGCGGCGGCGUGCAGCGGCGUGGUCUACUUCACCCUCUACCUGCCCCAUGUGCUCUGCGUCACCUGGCAGGACCGCAUCACAGCCAACAUGAAGCUGGCGGCUAGCCUUUUGUCCCCGGUGGCGUUCGGCUUCGGCACAGAGUACCUGUCUCGCUACGAGGAGCAGGGUUUGGGUUUGCAGUGGGACAACAUCCAGACCAGCCCGCUGGAGAAGGACGGCUACUCGUUCCUCACCUCCAUACUCAUGAUGCUGCUGGACGCCGUUCUCUACGCUGUCCUGGCCUGGUACCUGGAUACCGUCUUCCCGGGACAGUAUGGCAUCGGACGCCCCUUCUACUUCCCUCUGCAGCCGUCCUACUGGCACAACGCUGCACCUGCAUCUGCUGGAAGUGACGAUGCAGUGCCUUCAGAAGCCGACAAGGCAGAGGAGGAUGCGGAGAGCGGCGCACCUGUGCAGAACAACACCUGUAACGGCUCGGCCUGCAGGAAGACCUGCAAGCACCAAAGCAAGAGGGAACGUCUGGAGAGAGAAAAAGAGCGGCUGAGGCGCCAGGAGGAAGAGGAAGAGGAGGCGAAGCCAAUUGGAGACAAUGAGGACUCAGGAAAGGAAGAAGGCCUGCUGUUGUUUGAGGCCGACCCGCUCAGCCUAGCCAUGGGGGUGCAGAUCCAGGACCUGGUCAAGGUGUUCGACAGAGGCUGUCGUCCGGCCGUCGACCGUCUGAGCCUCAACUUCUACGAGGGACAGAUCACGUCCUUCCUGGGACACAACGGCGCCGGAAAAACCACCACCAUGUCCAUUCUGACCGGACUCUUCCCGCCCACGUCCGGCACCGCUUACAUCUACGGAAGAGACAUUCGCACGGACAUGGACGCCAUACGAGCCUCUUUGGGGACGUGUCCUCAGUACAACAUCCUCUUCAAACAUCUCACGGUGGAGGAGCACAUCCUUUUCUACUCGCUGCUGAAGGGUCGCACCCGAGCGGAGGCGGAGAAGGAGGUGGAGGACAUGCUGGUGGACCUGGGCCUGCCUCACAAGAGAGACGACGAGGCGCAGAAUCUCUCUGGCGGCAUGCAGAGGAAGCUGUCAGUCGCCAUGGCGUUUGUUGGCGGGUCGAAGGUGGUCAUCCUGGAUGAGCCCACCUCAGGAGUGGAUCCGUACUCCAGGAGGUCAAUCUGGGACCUCCUGUUGAAAUACAGAUCUGGUCGCACGGUGAUCCUGUCCACGCAUCACAUGGACGAGGCCGACCUGUUGAGUGACCGCAUCGCCAUCAUCUCCAGAGGCCAGCUGCACUGCUGCGGAUCGCCGCUCUUUCUCAAGAACUGCUUCGGCGCCGGCUUCUACCUAACGUUGGUGCGCCGCAUGAAGGACCUCAAGAAGAAGGAGAACGACUGUGACUGCGCCUCCGACUGUUCCUGCUCCUGCUCCAUUUGUACCAGCUACAAGGACCAGUCCCAGAACCAGUUUAAGAACGCAGAACGGGUUCUAGAUGGGGACAUCGCCAGCAUCACCGGCCUCAUCCACCACCACGUCCCCGAAGCCAAGCUGAUCGAGGUCAUAGGCCAGGAGCUCACCUUCCUGCUACCCAACCGCGGCUUCAAGCACCGCGCCUACGCCAGCCUCUUCCGAGAGCUGGAGGAGACUCUGGCUGACAUGGGCCUCAGCAGCUUUGGCAUCUCAGACACGUCCCUGGAGGAGAUAUUCAUAAAAGUGACAGCCAGCGGCGAAGCAGCAGCAACCAACGCCGCCACUGCAGAAGAGUGGAUGUUGCAGCGGAGAAAAAAUGAAUGUGAAGAUGAAGAGCGCUAUGACGCCACACAAGCCAGCGCCGUUAUCCACACGGUGUCGGACUGCAGCGACGGCAAGGGGUCAACCCAGGUCAAAGGGCCGACGCUCAUCCUCAAGCAGUUUCACGCUCUGCUGGUCAAGAGGUUCCAUCACGCCACCAGGAGCCGCAAAGACUUUGUGGCGCAGAUUGUCCUCCCGGCCAGCUUUGUCCUCAUCGCACUUAUCUUCACCACCGUCGUUCCUCCAUUCGGAGAGUACCCCAGUCUCACUUUGACCCCCUGGAUGUACGGACCACAGGUUACCUUCUUCAGCAACGAACGACCUUCUGACCCGACAAUGAGGCACUUCACUGAGCGCUUCCUCACAAAACCAGGUCUCGGAACCCGCUGCAUGCAGGGGGAACCCCUAGGGUUGUCUUGCGGCAUCGGUGGCGAGGACGAAGCGUCCGACUGGGAGCGCCCCGACGUGGCCGCCGUGGUCGGCAACAUCCUGCAGAGCCCCGAGUGGACCCAGAGAAACCCCUCCCCCGCCUGCCUUUGCAGCAGCAGCAAGAAACUGACCAUGAUGCCCAUCUGCCCCGCCGGGGCCGGGGGUCUACCCCCGCGGCAGAGACGGGAAAUCACCGGGGACACAAUGCUGGAUCUGACCGACCGCAACAUCUCCGACUUCCUGGUCAAAACCUACCCGAGUCUCAUCAGAACCAGUUUGAAGAGCAAAUAUUGGGUCAACGAGCAAAGAUACGGCGGCCUGUCUGUCGGAGGGCAGCUCCCCAUCCCGGACGUGGAGCCCAGGGACAUCGAAAACGUUUUCCGUCAACUCGGACAAAUGCUCAACAUCACGGCGGGUCGGUCUUCCCGAGCGGCGUUGAAGGAGCUCGGCCCUUUCUUACGAUACAUGGAGAGCGAAUAUAACGUGAAGGUGUGGUACAACAACAAAGGCUGGCACGCCAUGGUGUCCUUCAUGAACGUGGCCAACAACGCCAUCCUGCGGGCCUUCCUGCCUGCCAGCUCCAAGCCCGUGGAGUUCGGCAUCACCGCCAUCAACCACCCGCUGAACCUCACCAAGGAGCAGCUCUCUGAGGUCACCGUGCUGACCACGUCGGUGAACGCGGUGGUGGCCAUCUGUGUCAUCUUCGCCAUGUCCUUCGUCCCUGCCAGCUUUGUCCUCUACCUCAUCCAGGAGCGUGUGACCAAAGCCAAACACCUGCAGUUUGUCAGCGGGGUUAGUCCGCUCAUUUACUGGCUGGCUAACUUCUUCUGGGACAUGGUCAACUACUCCAUCAGUGCCGCCCUGGUGGUCGGCAUCUUCAUGGCGUUUGACAAAAAGUGCUACACGUCCCCGUCCAAUCUGCCCGCCCUCAUAGCGCUGCUUCUGCUCUACGGGUGGUCGGUGACGCCCAUGAUGUACCCCAUGUCGUACUUAUUCAACGUCCCCAGUACGGCCUACGUGACGCUCUCCUGCAUCAACCUGUUCGUCGGCAUCAACAGCAGCGCCGUCACCUUCAUCCUCGAGCUGUUCGACAACAACCGAUCCCUGCUGAUGUUCAACGAGUGGCUGAAGAAAGGUCUGCUCCUCUUCCCUCACUUCUGCCUGGGCCGAGGCCUCAUCGACAUGGCGAUGAACCAGGCGGUCACCGACGUCUACGCCCGUUUCGGCGAAGAACACGUGGACGACCCCUUCCGCUGGGACUUUGUGGGCAAGAAUGUUUGCUUCAUGGCAGCAGAAGGUUUGGUCUACUUCCUUCUCAACAUUCUCAUCCAGUACCGCUUCUUCCUGGACCACUGGCUAUCGGACGCCAAGCGGAGCCCGGUGGCGGACGAGGACGAGGAUGUGGCGUGCGAGCGUCAGAGAAUCUACGACGGGGGCAGCAAGUCGGACAUCCUGCAGAUCCGAGACCUGUCCAAGACCUACGUGGGAAGGAAAAUGCCGGCUGUGGACCGCAUCUGUGUGGGUGUUCCCGCCGGAGAGUGUUUCGGACUUUUAGGAGUCAACGGCGCCGGGAAGACGACAACUUUCAAAAUGCUGACUGGCGACACGGACGUCAGCUCCGGGGAGGCCACUGUGGUGGAUUACAGCAUCCUGACUGAGAUUCUGGACGUGCACCAGAACAUGGGCUACUGCCCGCAGUUUGACGCCAUUGACGAGCUCCUGACAGGCAGGGAGCACCUUUACCUGUACGCCCGUCUCAGGGGGGUACCCGAGGCCGAGAUCCCCCGGGUGGCCGAGUGGGGCAUCCAGAAACUGGGCCUGUCAGAGUACGCCGGUCGCUGCGCUGGCACCUACAGCGGCGGCAACAAGCGCAAACUGUCCACCGCCAUCGCCAUGAUCGGUUGUCCGGCCUUGGUUCUGCUGGACGAGCCCACCACGGGCAUGGACCCGCAUUCCCGGCGCUUCCUGUGGAACGCCAUCCUGAGCGUCAUACGAGACGGGCGGGCCGUGGUGUUGACGUCGCACAGCAUGGAGGAGUGCGAAGCUCUCUGCACAAGACUCGCCAUUAUGGUCAACGGAACCUUCAAGUGUCUGGGAACCAUCCAGCACCUAAAAUACAAGUUCGGCGACGGCUACGUGGUGACCAUGAAGGUCAAAGCGGCCAAAGCAGGCACGUCUCCUGAGCUGGAGCCCGUGGAGGAGUUCAUGGAGAGCAGUUUUCCGGGCUGCGUGCAGCGGGAGAAGCACUACAACACGCUGCAGUACGAGAUCGCGUCCUCCUCGCUGGCCAGGAUCUUCCAGCUGGUCGUGUCCAACAAGGACAGACUCGGCAUCGAGGACUACUCCGUCUCUCAGACCACACUGGACCAGGUGUUUGUCAACUUCGCCAAGCAGCAGACGGCAGAGGACGACGCCGUCACGUUGCAGAGACGCGGCGCGGGAGGACGCAAAGACGUCCAAAAAAUCUCACCUGUGAAGAGGAAAACUUAAAAGUAGGACUGCAAGCUAAAAAAAAAAAAUCAGGCCAGCUAUUUCUAUACACAUACUGUAUGAAUAUGUACAUACAAGCAUCACUGAAACUGGACUUGUUUUUCUAAAUAAUGCACGCAACAUUUAUAUUUCUACCACAUGUUCAAAUGCAAAAGACAGACUUUUUAUUUAACGCUCUAUUUCUUGUGAGUAAACAGUGUAGAAGGGAUGCAAUUUUCUACCUGAAUAAAUACACUUAGAAGAUGCUUUAUAACAACAAUAUUGUUUGGA